AUGGAUAUGCAAUUAAUUCAUAAAAUGAAGAAAGGUCUUUGUUUAUCUAAUUCACGACCCUCGACGGCGGAUAUCACCAUGGAGUCACCACGGAAAUUCAACGACUGCUACUUUUAUUAUUACUCCACAUGCACGAAGGGAGAUAACUGUGUGUUCCGGCAUGAACCAUCAGCUCUGGGCUGUGAGACGAUGUGCUCAGCCUGGCAGCAAGGCAAGUGCCUUGAUAAACGCUGCAAGUUACGUCACAUGGAAUUGAGGAAAAACCGCAAACAAAUCCCAUGUUACUGGGAGAACCAGCCUGGUGGUUGUCGCAAGAUUCAUUGCCCAUUCAUGCACAAGAACCCUGAAGCGCGCACUGACGGUAUUGCGCCCAGCCAGCCGCCGCAACCACAAUCCGUACCCACAUCUAUAAACGUACCCGAGCAAGUGCCGGAGCAGCCGCCAAUGAACAGCGGCGUGGCGCCCCCCGUGCCCGCGCCACAGCCCGUGCCGCUCCUGUGGCAGCAACAGCGCCAAGCCGUGGUGCUGGACUCCGCGAUCCUGGGCGUGCUGCCCGGCUCGGGCGAGCUGCUGGGAGGGCGGCGCGUGCUGCCCCCCCACGAGCCGGCGCCCAACCCUUACGCGCAGCUGCCCGUCGACCCUCUCGUCGUCAACUUCGAGGAAGAAUCCGAUAACGAAAGCGCACCCUCGUCCACGCCCACUAAAAUAUUGUCGCCCGACGACGCCCAGAAAGUAGCGCGCUCCAAGUCCCAGGAGCUGCUGCUGCUGGAGAAGAUCCAGGCCGAGGCGGCCGCCUACUACCGCUACGACGCGCCGCCUCGCCCGCCCGCCCGCGCAUGCCUCGCCGCCAAGUUCGACGAGCCGGACUUCAAGGUGCUGUCGCUCGACGAGAUCCGCGCCAGGAAGAAGAGCGAAGCUAUCAUACAGAAUAAACCGAUCACGAUUAAUUUGAGUAGAAAAAGAAAGUUGUCCACGCAGGAAACUAUCACGACGUCGGGAAAUAAGAUUAUAAAAGUUGUGCGAAGCAAUUCUAUAGUUUAUAAGAAGUUGGAUACUAACACCCCCGUAGCGUCCGGUCACAGCAAAGUUGACCAGAGACAGAGCGAUAACGCCGUCGACAGAAAACGCUCUCUGUCCGACCAGAGCGACAUCUGUGAAAUACAGGAGGACGAGCUAGUCGACAAUUGUUUUGAGUUCAAAAGGAUUAAAAUCGCUCAGUCAGAAAAUACCUCUAAACCUAAACUGAUCAGAAACAGACUCUCUAGUUGUAACAAAAGUGGUGAUGAACAGACGUACGCAGACAAGGUUUGUAAUAGAGAUACCGAUUCAGACUCGGAAGUACAAAUUGUUGAAAUAAAUAGUAAAGUUGAUUUAUCGGACAGUGACGUCAUAGACUUAGAGACGACCAGGUUAGGCGAGCCUUUCGAUGUAGUUGAUCUUAGCGAAGAUCUGGAAGAAAGUGAUCUUACGGUAUCUGACCUCGAUUUAGACUUAAGUAAAAAUGUUCCCGACGUUGUGGCGAGUUGUCGCAAACAAACCAACAAAAUGGACAGUUCAGAGAGUAAUAUAUUAAAAGAUAUAGACAGUUUAUUGGAUGAUGACUUAUGA